AUGGACAUUGAUGGGGGUGAGGUGCCACAGGGGCAAGAGUCCGCAUCCCGAGCAUUUAAAGUCAUUCUCUCAUUUACCCAUCCUAGAUCAAAUGUGAUCGAGCCUCACCCUGCUCCAAUUGCCGAGUCGCAAAGUCUACUUGUCAAACCUCCCCACGCGUUAGAGAAAAGCGGCAGAGGUGAGAAAAAGAUCGAAAUUAUUGACCAGCGUCUUGCGGGUAUUGAGCAACUUUUACGGUCCCUCACCGUCGACAACAAAAAUUAUAAACCUCCUUCACAGACCCAUGGAUCGUUACCCCCCUCGCCCAGCUCGAAUGCAUUUCAUCAAGGAGCGUUGGAACAAAGAAAUCUGCCGCCAUUUCAUGCAACUGCAAAUGCACCCACCGCGGAACCCGCAGCAGAGCGAGGGGCAGAGUCGACAACGAGGAAAAACCCGGAUGCUGAAUUCGAAGGGGAGCCCUCGAUGAGCGCCCAUUCUGCACACGCCAGUGAGUUGUUUGAAAAUGCUGUGGUUAAAUCUCCAUUGGCAGAGCAUAACCCGCAGAUGAUGGAGGCGCUCUCAGCCCUGAAGGAUAUUGUUGAGAGAACAAAGCUUUCGAAUUCCAUUCAUACGUUGCGAUUUGCAGGGCAGAAACUCCAACCCACGAAGGUCGAUCUUUCGAAACUGGAGAUGCCGCCAGUGGAGGCGGUGCUCGCUCUGCUGAGGAAGGCAAAAGAAUCCCACCCUUUCUUCCUGUUGAACCUCCCUUUCCUCAACUUGUCCACCAUCACCCAACUCUGCAAAGAUCUCUAUUUUUGCACAGAUGAAACCUCCACUGCCAACUUCGCCAUCGUAAACUGCAUUCUAGGCUAUAUGUUCGACGAAAUACAGAAUUUCCAUCCAAACUCUAACUCCCAGUCCCCCUCUGGCCCUCAACACCCUCAGCACCUCCAGCCGCCGCCACCAUUAGCAUCAUUCUCCUCCUCAGCCAUCACCCAAUACACCGUAACCUGCCGCACAAACUUCGAAACGGCCCUCAGCACCUUUGACCUCUUCCUCGAGCCCUCUUAUGAGAACAUCCAAGCCCUAGCUUUAGGUGCCUUCCACGCCACCGAGGCUUCCAAACCCUCUCUAUGUUGGACCUUCGUCAGCGCCGCAGCGCGCAUGUGCCAGAGUCUAGGCUACCACCACUCCGUCUCGGGCGCAGGGGCAAGCGAAGAGGAGCAGUAUCGGAAAAGAGCCCUCUUCUGGUUCAUCUAUGUGCUAGAUAAGGACCUGACACUAUUGCUGGGCCGCAGCUCUACCCUUCAGGACUACGAUAUCUCUCUUGCAUACCCAGGCCCGCCGUCGGACCCGAAAUUGCGGUCAUGGUACCAGAUGUUUGAAGGAUGGGUAACGUAUUCGACGAUUGCCGCGCAGAUCUAUGAGAAGCUGUAUUCAGUACUAGCGUUGUCAGAAAGUAGCGCAAUGCGGACGGAGAGGGCUUGCAGUUUAGCUAUGAUGUGA